AUGUCGUCCCCGAAUCCCUCUACGAGAUGUCUGAAUUCAAACAAAAUCAAGGUGAAAAAUCCAGUCGUGGAGCUUGACGGGGACGAAUUGAUGAGAGUGAUCUGGAAAGAUAUCAAAAACAGAUUCAUCUAUCCAUAUCUCGAUAUCGACAUCAAAUAUUAUGACCUAGGUCUCCCGUUCCGUGAUGAAACAAACAACCAAGUCGUACAAGAUGCAGCAGAAGCAAUCAAGCAAUAUUCUGUAGGCAUCAAGUGCGCAACAAUUACAGCUGAUGAGGACCGAGUGAAGGAGUUCAAUCUCAAGCAACUGUGGCCUUCCCCGAAUAUUGCUAUCCGCAGUGCGAUAGGAGGCACAAUCUUCCGSGAGCCUCUCAUUAUCCCUCGUAUACCCCGGCUCGUACAGGGAUGGCAGAAGCCGAUUAUAAUUGGAAGACACGCAUUUGGCGAUCAAUAUCGUGCGAAAGAGCGUGUCUUGGACACAGCAGGCAAACUCGAAAUGGUGUUUACGCCCGAGGGCGGCGAGCCAGAAGUAGUUGAAGUACACAACUUCUCACAAAGAGGGGGAGUCGGCCUCGCUCAGUAUAACACGACUGAAUCAAUCGAAGAGUUCGCACAUUCCAGCUUUGCCUUUGCGCUCUCAAAGAAGAUGCCACUCUUUUUUAGUACGAAGAACACCGUGCUAAAGAAGUAUGAUGGACGAUUCAAAAAUAUCUUUCAGCAUUUAUAUGAGGAAAAUUAUCAAGAAGACUUUGAGGCGGCGGGGAUCACUUAUGAGCAUAGACUCAUUGACGAUAUGGUGGCGCAAAUGAUAAAGAGCGAAGGCGGCAUCGUGAUGGCCUUGAAGAACUAUGAUGGAGACAUUCAGUCAGAUAUCGUGGCCCAAGGAUUCGGCUCUCUGGGCCUAAUGACUUCUAUUCUUGUUUCCCCGGAUGGCCGUACGUGUAUGACCGAAGCUGCUCAUGGCACAGUCACAAGGCACUAUCGUGAAUACCAAAAGGGCAACGAGACGUCGACAAAUCCUGUCGCUUCUAUUUUUGCAUGGACUCGGGGAUUGAUCAAGCGAGGCGAACUGGACGGCACACAGGACGUGGUUAAAUUUGCCAAGGCACUUGAACAAGCUUGUAUAGAUGCAGUAGAUGUUGAUGGCAUCAUGACUAAGGACUUGGCUUAUGCUUGUGGAAAGUCAGAUCCCAGUUCAUGGGUGAUGACGAAUGCAUAUUUGACUGCAGUUGAAAAGAGGUUGAAGACGUAUUUCGAACCGUAG